UUUCGCAUGAAGACGAAAAUGAAGACAACGUAAACACGAAGAGUCAAGUGAAAAUUUGUAGUGGUGUUCGAUGUGAAAAUUCGGAAAAUUGAACGAUUUUCUCUGUUUAAUACAGUGCGGAAUGCGUUAGAAAUCUCUCCAGUAGACAAUGUAUUCGGAAUGGGCAUCGCUGGUGCCGUCUAUUACGGAAAACAUUACUAACGCUCAAUCGCAAAGUGUUCUCGGGAAAUUUGGGAUAGCGGGUGGGCGUGAUGUGGCAGCCGUCGUCGUAAAACAGUUAGCUGGCAAUCUUGGAAUUACGAAUGCAGCGGAACCCAGCACGCUCGUCGCGGAUCAGGAGGUACAAUGGUGCAUGGACGUAAUUUGUCACGGGCUGUCCCUUCCGCUGGCGGAGCAUGACAUUAUCAAGGAUUGCGUCAAUAUCUACUGCGAGUGGCUGACAGCGUUACUGCCCAAUCCGAAAAUUAGCGUUCCGAAACCAAUUUGUGAUGAUCCCAAUACCUACGUGCGGAAAAUCAUUAAGCAUCUGUACAACUUGUUCGUCCCCAGGCCAGGAGAAGGGUUUGAACGGUUUGAACUGAUCUCGUUUUAUCUUCCUCAUGCUCUACCAGACUGGCCUUUUAUAUAUCAAGAGGAUUUAGGUACCGAUACCAUCAAUCGACAAGCCGUCUUCUGUCACCGAGUUCUACGCACUCUGCAGGAUACAGCUCAAAAUUCGCAAAUACUAACGGUUGAAACGUGGGAGGCAUUGCUGCUGUUUCUAUUGGCCAUCAAUGAAAUCCUUUUGGCACCGCCGAUUGUGAAAGAUGAUGUCGGAGAUCAGCUGUGCGAGCGUGUUUUGUCCGUUUUGUUUGAAGUGUGGCUGCUGGCGUGUAGUCGGUGCUUCCCUUCGCCUUCAUUGUGGAAGACAUUUCAAGAGUCUUGCGCCGCUUGGCGCCAUCGGAUUGCUCUCGUCGAGCAAUGGAAUCGAGUGAAUCUGGUGUUAACGGCAAAGCUACUUGAAUUCACUUAUGGACCAGCAUUUCCGGAAAUGAAGAUUAUGGACGAAGACAGCAAUCUAAUUCCACCGGGAAUGACUAAUGAUGGAAUUGCCCAGUCUUGGAUACGGUUCCUGAAAAUUUUGGGAGCACCAACGGACCUGUGCUGCCCGCAGGUUGUCAGCCGAACUCCGCAAUUCAUCCAAGCCGUCCUAUUGAAUGCAGAUGGUGUGGAGCCACAUUACCAUCCGUGCUUGCUGCAGUUGCCGCAGAUCUUCUUGAAAACUAUGAAAGGAAUUGCUGGACUUGUAGACGCCUUUUUGGGCAUAGCUCAGUACAGACAGGACGAUGUAAGCAUUUUGGAGAACAUGAAUCAGCUGCAAUUUUUUGGCGGUGCAAGCGCUACAACUAGUGGUGGUGGGAACACAACUCCUAAUAUUAAUUUCAGACAUUCCGGUGGAGAGAUCAAACAGAGCCCAUCGGUUCGUGCCAGUGGUGGGCUUGGGGGGUUGGGAUUGGGGGCUGCAUUGGGAGUAGCGGGAAGUACUUCAGGCAAUCAUAACAGUGGCGGUAGCAAUAGUCAAACCGAUGGAAACACAAGCUCCGGAAACAUGGGAGUCAGCGCAUUGAGCAAUUUUAUCAGUGGUUACACUCAUGAUGGGCUUCAUUUCGGAGGAUCGGGUAGCGGAGAUGGAACGCCAAGUUCACCAACACCACCGUUGCAGCGAAGGCUGGCAAAGAGUUUCAGCGUUGCUCCGUCGAUUUCCGCGCAUGCCGUUAUUUCGAUGGCCCAUUCCAAGGGCCUCACCAAGAGUUCGUUUAGUGGAUUAACCAGCAGCAGGACAUCAGCAAAUCAGGCCAAUUCCAUUCCACAGUCGACGUCGCUACCAUCUUCUAAUUUUUCAUCUAUGCUCUCACUGUGUCAGGAAAAUCGUUACCCUCUGGCAGCAAAUCGUCCACGUUGCAACAGCAUCCUUCACCUCUUCGGUGAGUGGCUUUUUGAUGCAGCUCAUAUCGGAGGCGAAACGUGGAUUCAGAAUAUGAAAAAGAAAGCUGCCGAAGCGAAACGCCGACCUUCAUCAAUGAUCAUGGACAACCGCAAAGGAAGUCUAUCACAGCCACCGUCUUUGUCAGAGAUGAGCGACGUUCCACCUGGGCUCACCAUCGAUAAGUACGAAUCCGGAAAAGCGGAAGCCAUCGGAGCAUUGUGUCGAAUCUUUUGCGCUAAGAAAACGGGCGAGGAAAUACUUCCGGUCUAUCUGGCCCGCUUUUACAUGGCUCUCCAACAAGGGCUCAAAUUAAGCGAUUCGAAAGAGUGCGAAGAAACGCUGGCAAGCAUUUUGUACAAUUCAUCCGAUUUGUUCCGAAUAGAUUUGGAAGGCAUUCAAGUGCUCCUUCCAUCGUUCAUUGCCGCACUGGAAUUGAUUCUACCAGAUAAGGAAUUGCGAAUGAAGUCCAAUGUCAUCGUGAACAAAACGGAAUUGAGACGAGCCGCGAUCAACGUGUUGUUAUCUAUUUUAGCCCUACCGUUGCACUUCCAGACGCUUCCGAUCAGGGACAUCACAGCUGGGCCUGCCGACAAGAUGAUUACUUUUGUUCAGCUAAAACCUCGUUUAAUUAACAUUCUGAUGAAUGCCUUGCAAGUCGAAAACGAUCCGCAAAACACACACAUGCUGCUGGGAGGCCUUCACCUAUGUGUCCAGGAUUCCGGAACAUUCGAAGAAAUGGAACUAGGUCCAGAUGUCCUGCACGCCUCUCAGCAAUCCAAUGAUGCCAAUCUGCUGAGCUCAGCCUGCUCGGAGAAGAGUACGUACUCGAUAAAUAGCGCCAAUUCCAGCAUAGGAGCCAACAGCACCGCCACGCUUAGCAAUGAGCCCUCUAGUUUGCCGGCUUUCGAUGAUUUUUCAUCCGACAUUUUUCAUGAUUUAGAAUUGAGUUCGUCCGCUGUUUAUGACAGCGGUCACGCUCUCUUCGUUCGCGCCACCUACUUGGUAUGUCAUCGUUUGAUUUCCUCGUGGAAAACCGAUCUCAACGUUUCGCUAGCGGCUUUGGAACUGCUUUCCGGAUUGGCCGCAAUGCACAUCAAAGAUUCAGAUGCCUUGGAAUGCAAACGUGCCGUCAAAUGGAUAUGCGACUAUAUUUGCUAUCAAUGUUCCCGACCACCUCCGGCACACAGCAAGGACCUGCACAGUACCAUUGUGGCCGCCUUCCAGUGCACUUCCUCGUGGUUGAUGCAUCAUCCAUAUCUCCUCCAGGACAAGGAAUGUCUUACUACGGUUCUGGAAGUGGUUGAGUUAGGUAUUUCCGGAUCAAAGAGCGUUGGCAAGCCAGGCGAGCCGGUCAAGCAUAAAGAUGAGAAAGAGCUUAAACCAGCUUCAAUGCGUGUUCGUGAUGCCGCAGAGAAUUUAUUGACACUGAUUCUCGAACAGAUUGACUAUUUUCCUAAUGAAUGCGGAAAGCAGUCUCUAUCUUCACUGUUAGACGAAGUAGUCCUCGCCAAGCAUUCCAAUACAAACGGAGAAGAAACAUCCGAAAUCAGCCAAGAGCAAGCAAUUCGCAAGUUCAAAUAUUUUGUAACGGAGAAUUCCACUAUUUUGGCUCUUUUUGAGGAACCUCUUGGUAAUGAUCAAGAUCCUCAACCAACAGUCACAAUAUUGAUUCGUGGCCCUUUUGGUCGGCAUGCAUGGACAAUGCAGCUACGCCAUCUGUCUCGUAGCAAAUCCGGAACCAAGUAUCAUGCUCCGAAUCCUGGUCGUCCGGUUCCUAUGAACGAUAUCAUGGUUCGCCAAGAAGUAGAGUACAAAUACUUCCCCGAUUCGGUUGACCGUAUUCCACCGUGCGUUGUGGAUUAUUCGAUCCCAACACUCGACACAACCGAACAAAAAAUAGGAAACCAAUCCACCAAGCACCUUGCGCGUUUAUUGGAAGAUCAGGUGGUUUAUGAGAAACUCUCGUGGGCUCAAACGGAAUGUUCGGUAGAUGGCUUAGGACACGCUCAGGAAGCAACUGCACCCAACGUUUGUCAUGAAUUUCAAGCGGCCCGUCUGUUCCUCGCUCAUUUCGGUUUCCUAUCGAUUGGACAAAACAACAACGGUCAGAAAAUGUUAACAGCUCUCGAUACUACGAAAUCUGAGUUUAGUCAUGACCUAAGAAUGCUAGAUAAGAUGAGCCCAAGAACAUGUGACACGAUCCACGUGUUCUACGUUAAAGCAGGUCAAUCGUCGGAAUUGGAUAUCAUCGGAAACAUGGACCCUGAGAAUCUCGCCAACAUUGACGUUCAUUUCUGGAAUGUCCUUUACACUCUCGGUUGGCCUGUGAACGUCGAAGAACAUGCCGGUUGGACUGGUUUCAUCAACUCCAGCUGGAAGAUUCCAAAAGAAAAUAAGGAGCAACGCAAAUCCAACGCCUUCAAUUCUUCGAAUAUUGAGGACCUGCAACUGAAUGGUGAGAAAAAGGUUCUCUACUGGGCUGACGUUGCGUCUGAAAUAGCAAUUGUCGUUCCAAACCGGGCGAACAAGAGCGAAAUUUAUCUAGAAGAUACCUCGGAAGGUAAUUUAACAACUACGUACGAGCGAAGCGUCAGUGAAAUUCAGACUUCCAAAGCAGCAUCCAGCAAAUCUCGACAAUAUUCCUUGGAUAACGAACCGCCCAGAUUGGGUUCAAUGAGCAGCAAAUCGGCUGAUCCGAUACCACCAGUUAGAAGGCGUACCGGAGCCUCCAAACCAACUCAAUUGUACACCGCACCUACAGCCAAGAUCCUUCUUGUAUGGCUAGAAAGUUACGAAGACCAUCUGACAUUCCCGAUUGACGAAUUGUUGCACUAUACACGAGCUGGUUACACAACAGCUCAAGGACCGAUCGCACCCUUAAAUUCCAAUGAAUGCCACAUAAUCUUUUUGCAUGCACUAAAUUCCGGCUUACUACGAGUAAAACUGCAUGGACCAGUCGGUAGGAUGAACUUCGCAAUACCGCUGAUCGAUGGAAUGGUGGUUAGCAAGAGGGUGAUCGGUUCUUUAAUUCGGCAAACGGCUUACAACAUGGCUAAACGGCGGCGGUUGGACAAUGACUCCUAUCAACCACCGCAUGUUAGGAGACGUAUCAAGGUACAAGAAAUGAUGCAAAAAUACAAAAAGGACAUGACCGAACCUGAGCUUCUGGCGGAUCUGUUCAAGCCUUCCAUAUAAGCGGACUUUUUACUUUUAUUCUUAAAGUACUAAAAAGUAUUAUAAUGCAUGUAUCUAUGCAAAAUAACAAUGCAAUUGUUUUGUUUUCGUCCAUUAGUGUACGUUUUAACGUAAAAGCAUUUCUAUUUAAAUUAUUUAACCUAAAUUUGAUCAUACUUCCCUUCGUGUAUGCUUCGUUUGACUUGAAUAUGAUGCCUAUGGAAUUUAAUUAUUGUUUUUAUAAUAAACUCAACAUUAUAAUUCUAAUAAAA